AUAUCAUUAUUAUUAUUAUCAUGAAACUGCUCAUAUAUUAUCAAACAUUUUCUUUAAUUUAUUAAAUCAAACUAAUCAUUCGGUUGAUUAGUAUUAAUAAUAAUUGGGUAGCGUUGCGCUUAACCAACAUCCACAUCCUGGACCAUUGGAUGCAUAUCCAGUGGUCAGGAUCAUAUUAAAAUUUUAAUACGAAAGCGCUGGACGGGCUUCCAACGACGCAGGAUGUGGAUGUUGGUUAACCGGUCCAGGGACCUGGUCCCAUAAUAAUUAAUUGAGCUGCUCUUGCAUGAUGCGUAAUUGACUAUACAUGUAAAAGUCAUAUUACUUGUACUCGUGUAAUUGUGGAGAACACACCUAAAUCAUAUCAAAUUUUCAAUCUCUCCCAUAUUGGUGAAGUCAUUGAAUGCAGUCUAGUUUUCCCUGAAACGCGGUUUAAUUUGCAACCUAGCUGCAGUGAAUUUCUAGAAUUAUAACGUUUAGUUAACUUGCACACAACGUGUUUGGUGUAAUGCUUGAAUGAAGUUCUUUAGAGGCCUGUGUAUUUGUUUGAAGAAGCGGCUAAUGCGAUGCAGAGCUAAGGGGGAUGAAGAUGGUGGUAAUGAUGGUUGGGGGUUGGAGAACUUGUUUUUUGAGCUGCGAGCUUUGCAGAUUGCUACUAACUUUUUCUCUGAGUUGAAUAUGCUUGGGCAUGGUGGCUUUGGCCCCGUUUAUAAGGGACUUAUGCCUAAUGGUCAAGUAGUAGCUGUGAAGAAGCUGUCGCUAGAAUCAAGACAGGGACUAAGAGAAUUCACUAAUGAGGUGAAACUUCUGUUGAAAGUUCAGCACAAGAAUUUGGUCAUGUUGUUGGGAUGCUGUGUUGAAGGACCUGAAAAGAUGCUUGUGUAUGAGUAUCUUGAGAACAAGAGCCUUGACUAUUGUCUCUUUGAUAGAAGGAAGUCUGCAUCACUGGAUUGGACCCACAGAUUCCAAAUAAUCACAGGUGUUGUUAGGGGUCUUCUUUACCUCCAUGAAGAAGCCCCUGUACGAAUCAUUCAUCGAGAUAUUAAAGCCAGUAAUAUAUUGUUGGAUGAGCAAUUGAAUCCUAAAAUUUCUGAUUUUGGGUUAGCAAGGCUAUUUCCGGGGGAUGACACGCAUUUCAAUACAUUUAAAAUCUCUGGUACCCAUGGAUAUAUGGCUCCUGAGUAUGCAAUGCGUGGAUAUUUGUCAGUGAAAACAGAUGUAUUUAGCUUUGGAAUUUUGCUGCUGGAGAUUGUGAGUGGCAGGAAAAAUUUUGACAAGCUGCUUGGACCAAAGGCAGAUCUUUUAAGCUACGCAUGGGAACUCUUUCAAGCCAAAAAGACGCUGGAAUUAGUCGAUACAAGUCUUACUGAAUGCAAUCCAGACGAGGCAGCAAUGUGCAUACAACUUGGAUUAUUAUGCUGUCAAGCUAGUGUCUCGGAGAGACCUGAUAUGAAUUCUAUAUAUCUCAUGUUAUCAAGUGAUUCAUUUGUUUUACCAAAACCUGGCAUACCUGCAAUUCAGGGCCGCGGUGGCCACUGGACCACUUCUUCUGGUACUCCAACCAACACUAAUGGUAGUAGUAUCCCAACUGAUAUUACCAAAGCCUCUGGUGGCAGUAGUUUUGUUGAGGAGUAUUCUAGAAAUUCUAUAUCAUGUUCUUCCAUGGAUGAAGGUAGAUAGAUAGGUUCCAAAAUUCUUGUAGAUCAUGCUAUUCAUACAUCCUAUGUAAAUCCCCCGUUUAUCGGUCUGUAUCCAAAACAUACUUCACUUAUAUAUCAAUUUUUCUCUUGUA